AUGCCCAGUGAGAGCGUCAAGGUAGUCGUUCGAGUGCGUCCGCUCUCUCGAAAGGAGCAGCAAGAUGGGCAUGUCGCGACAACUGUAGCCGAGGAGGCGCGGGGCACCAUUACUUGUACCAACCCGAAGGCCGAUGCGUCCGACCCACCCAAAUCAUUUACUUUUGAUGCGGUUUUUGCAGCAAAUUGUACACAGAAGUCCAUCUACGACAAGUGCGGUGCUACGGUUGUCGAGGCUGUGCUUAAUGGUUACAACGGAACUAUAUUCGCAUACGGUCAGACGGGGGCAGGAAAAACUUUCACCAUGGAAGGCGUCCCCGACCCACCUGAACUCCGUGGUAUUAUUCCCAACGCUUUCCAACAUAUCUUCGAUAAGGUUGCUGUUGCUGAGGAGCAUCAGCACUUCCUUGUGCGUGCAUCCUACCUCGAAAUUUACAAUGAAGAGAUUCGUGAUCUUUUGUCAAAAGAACCGAAGAACCGAUUAGAUUUAAAAGAAAAUGUAGACUCUGGCGUUUAUGUGAAGGAUCUUACCUCGUUUGUGGUGAAAUCAUCGCAUGAAAUUGAUCAAGUAAUGCAGGCAGGCAAGAAGAAUAGAUCAGUGGGCGCGACGCUUAUGAAUGCUGGUUCUUCGAGAUCUCACGCCAUCUUCACCAUCAUCGUGGAGUGCGCAGAGGUGGAUGAAAAACGCGGUGAGCACAUACACGUGGGCAAAUUAAAUCUCGUUGACCUGGCUGGCUCGGAACGUCAAGCGAAAACAGGGGCCACCGGCGAUCGGCUGAAGGAAGCAACAAAGAUAAACCUGUCCCUGUCUGCACUAGGGAACGUCAUUUCGGCUCUAGUAGAUGGUAAGUCGCAGCAUAUUCCAUAUCGUGAUUCGAAGUUGACUCGUCUACUACAAGAUUCAUUGGGCGGAAACACAAAGACUGUGAUGUGUGCCAAUUGCGGUCCGGCGGGCUAUAACUUCGAUGAGACCAUUUCCACACUCCGGUAUGCAAAUCGUGCAAAGAACAUCAAGAACAAGCCAAAAAUCAACGAGGACCCGAAAGAUGCUAUGCUGCGCGAAUUUCAAGAUGAAAUCAAACGGCUCAAGGAGCAACUAGCUAGUCAGGGG